GGAAGCGCGCUCCUAACGCCACCUGGGCGUCGCGCGGAGCGCUCGGCGCGGAGCGGGCGGUGUGGGGUCUCCGGGAGCCGGGCAGAUCUUUAUGGUUAUGGCAAAGUCUUUCAUCAGCCGAUGGUAUAAUGGACUGCCAGUUGGAUGAUACACAGCCGUCUGAAACAUGGUAUAUACUUCUCCUCUGCCGUGCCCGUGCCUACAUGCUGACACAGUACCAGUUUUGUUUCCAAAAGAGGAGCUCACAGAAUUACAGUGUCUGAUCCAGCUAGCUGCUCUGAUGAUCCUCACUGGACCAUGUAGACUAUGUCAGAGAGCCACAAUGAUCAUGCAUAAUAACAGUUCAUCCUCGCUCCUUUUACCGAACGUGAGCUCCUUCUGGAAGAGAGAUUCGCAUGGACCGGGACUCCCUGAUGAAGCAGCAUCACUCAUUGGCAGCUAUGAUUUCCCUCAGACCACAGAGAGUUUUCCUUUCUCCACUGUGGAAUCAACAAACAUGACCCUCAAUGCCACAAGCAAAGACCCUCUGGGUGGACACACUAUCUGGCAAGUAGUUUUGAUUGCUUUCCUCACUGGGAUCCUUGCACUGGUGACCAUCAUAGGAAACAUCUUAGUGAUUGUUGCAUUUAAGGUUAACAAACAACUGAAAACAGUCAACAACUACUUCUUGUUGAGCCUUGCUUGUGCAGAUUUGAUCAUCGGUGUUCUUUCCAUGAAUCUUUAUACCACAUACAUCAUCAUGGACCACUGGGCUUUGGGAAGCUUGGCCUGUGAUCUUUGGCUCUCCAUUGACUAUGUCGCCAGUAAUGCCUCUGUCAUGAACCUCCUCGUGAUAAGUUUUGACAGGUAUUUUUCCAUCACUAGGCCACUGACAUACAGAGCCAAACGAACAACCAAAAGGGCUGGGAUAAUGAUUGGUUUAGCAUGGAUCGUCUCUUUUGUUCUUUGGGCCCCUGCCAUCUUGUUUUGGCAGUAUUUUGUUGGGGAGAGGACUGUGCCUCCUGACGAAUGUUUCAUCCAGUUUCUAAGUGAACCUAUCAUCACUUUUGGCACUGCCAUAGCUGCCUUUUAUUUGCCAGUCACCAUUAUGAGUAUUUUGUAUUGGAGGAUCUACAAGGAGACAGAGAAACGCACCAAAGAGUUAGCAGGGCUCCAGGCCUCGGGCAGCGAAGCAGAGGCGGCGCGCUUCGUGCACCAGACAGGCAGCUCCCGGAGCUGCAGCAGCUACGAGCUGCAGCGGCAGAACAUGAAACGCUCCGCCCGAAAGAAAUACAGACGCUGCCACUUCUGGCUCACAAUGAAGAGCUGGGAACCCAGCACAGAUCAGGGGGACCAAGAGCAUAGCAGCAGCGACAGCUGGAACAACAAUGAUGCUGCUGCCUCUCUUGAAAAUUCAGCCUCCUCUGAUGAAGAAGACAUUGCUGCAGAGACCAGGGCCAUCUAUUCAAUCGUGCUGAAGCUCCCUGGUCACAGUGCUAUCCUCAAUUCCACAAAACUACCCUCCUCGGAAGAUUUGCACGAGUCAGGGGAUGAACUGCAGAAAUCCGACACAGAAUCAAAGGAAAAGAAACCUAAAAAAUUGCACCCUCCCAAAGGUGUUCAGGAUGGUGGAAAUUUCCAAAAGAGCUUUACUAAGCUUCCAGUUGAACCAGAAUCAGAAGAGACAACCACAGCUUCUGAUGGCAUCUCAUCAGUCACCAAGACAUCGACAGCCCUGCCCUUGUCCUUUAAGGAAGCAACCCUGGCAAAAAAGUUUGCCUUGAAGACCAGAAGUCAGAUCACAAAACGGAAACGAAUGUCACUUAUCAAAGAAAAGAAAGCAGCACAGACACUCAGUGCCAUUUUGUUUGCCUUCAUCAUUACCUGGACCCCAUAUAACAUCAUGGUUCUGGUGAACACCUUUUGCAGCUGUAUCCCCAAAACUUUCUGGAACCUGGGGUAUUGGCUUUGCUACAUCAAUAGCACAGUGAACCCCAUGUGCUAUGCACUGUGUAACAAAACAUUCAGAAACACUUUUAAGAUGCUGCUGCUGUGCCAGUGUGACAAACGAAAACGACGCAAACAGCAGUAUCAGCAAAGGCAGUCUGUCAUUUUUCAUAAGCGGAUCCCUAGGGAAGCUUCAUAGAAUAGUAUUUUUUAAACAAAUAGAAAAAUAACGAAGCAGGGAUGUGAUGGGAUGGGACAGGAUGGGGUGGGAUAGGACAGAACAGGAUGGCAUGGGACAGGGCACGAUGGGCAAGGUAGUAAGGGAUGAGACAGGAUGGGUUGAUGAGGGAAGGUGGGUCCAGGGUGCUGAUUCUAUGAUUUAGACAUGAAAGCAGCUGCCAGGCUUAUUUAUCCUUUCAAUAAAUCCAGUUUAAUAUAAAAGUCAAUCCACAUUCAAAAACUAAGAAACUUCAACAUUUUUACUAAGGAGUGAAAGAUUUAAUAAAGUUUUCCUAUGAAUUUGUGAGAAGCUGUAUAGCAAUUAUAAACCCAUUACUGAUGUGCCCAGCCCUUUGAUUAUAAUCAACUCUGGGAUCUCAGGUAAGCACAUCUAGCUAGCCCAACUUUUCUUUUUCCAAGGAAUCCAACAACUUUCAAUUCAAAUUACAUACAGAUGUAGCAAGCUAGUGAAACAGGAUUAUGAAAUUGAGACACCGUAUAGGUUGAUAAAUUGCCUCUUGUUGUCCUGGUAGAGCUUCCUGUCUACUUCUCUUCUGAUAUAUUGUUAAUUGUACCCCGUAUUCCUGAUUUCUGAGUUUCUCUGUGUGCAGCUGAUGUUAUAUGUGUGUGUGUGAGUGUGUAUGUAUGCGUAGCAUACAUUCACACCUCUGAAAUGCACACAUACCAGGAAAGAGGUGACCUAUUUGUUCUAGCUUUUACAGGGCCCCCCAUCGUGAUUACAUGUGAUUGAAACUUUUUAAAAGUUCGAAAAUCAUGUUAUAAGUAUAUAACUCAUUAUUUGCCACCUGAAAUUCAAGUUUAUCUCUGGAACCAAAACAUAGUGUCCACAUUUCAAACUGAGAUAACCAAAACAUAGCCUGUGAGUUUACAGAGUUUUAUAAUUGGGUACUUUCCCAGUAAAACCUUAAUCUUGAGCUCAGAGUCCCUCCUGAAAGUGAUCAUUAAAUGAUACAAAGGGGAGAGGAAUUGAAGGCUGCAUUCAGGGAAGAGCAGGAAGCUGUCUUGGCAGGGCACAGGAUAAUGAGAGCCCAGAUCUGGGCUGCACAAAGGGAGCUGCUCAGGGGCCAGGUAGGUGCAACCAUCAGCAGCAGCCCCGUGUCCUGCUGGGGAGGCCGUGCUGCUGCCAAAGCACACGUGGCUCCUGCAACACCUUGUCCUGAGCUGCACCGUGGGGAUGCACCGCCCUUCUCAGAGCCAGCUCACAUCCUGUGUGCAGCACCUCUACGGCUUCCCGUGAAAGUUCAAGUUGUAACUUUCUGAUAAAAGUUGGUGGAGCCCUGCUGCUUGCACUGUCUGCCCCUGUGAUCUUCAGAUGCAAAUGAUUUGUUUCAAAGAAAUGCUUUAUUUUUGCAUGUGAAGGAUGCUCACUAAAAAGUGUUUGUUGUUCACAACAUGUUUUAAAAAUCAUCAGGAGAAGUGCACCUAAAUCCGUUUGAUGCCAGGUUCUUCAGUGGUGUGAAAAAUGUGAUAUUGCCAAUUUGUAACCUGGCAAUUUUUGAUAAAGACAAUUUUAAAAGGGCUUUAAUAUUUAUAGUUUAGACAUGACCAGUAUUUCCUGGUAUUUGUGAGGUGGUCUGCACCAAACAUGAUUUAUAAAUGUCAGAGAUCCCCUGGGGAAAGGAUUGUACUUUAAACUGUUGCUCUAAAUCUGAUAUCUGAUUUAGUUACAUGUUGAAAGAUUAUUUUGUAUUCUCCUUUGAGCUGACCAAAACUUUUUUUUGUUGUUGCUUAGACUCUUAUUUUGCUGAAAAUAAAACAAGUAUCUUAUUUUACAAAGGGGCAUCAGUGUUGUGAAUACAGAACUGAUGUUAAAGCUGCUUUUGUAUUCAGUGUGAGAUGGUGUUUACAGAUGAUUUUGACAACAGUGGAAAUAUAUUAAAUGGUGUCUGUGUAUCUAAACUAUUUAAUUUUGUGUUAUGUUCAUAUAAAGAAAUAUUUAUACAUAUUUCACCAAAUGUUUUAUUUAAUGUUGAUAAAUAUUGCUCUUCAGUCUUCAGCUGUAGUGUCCUUUUAAAGUGAUUCAUAAAGGUCUGCUUGAGAAAUGAAUAGACUAUUCCUAGCUUUCUUGUUAUUAAAAAAAAAUUCUCUUUUGUAUGAGUUGCUUAAAAUGUCUACCCUAAAGUAAUCUCAUAAAUUAUAUUGAACUCUACUGUAAGUACUAUUUUAGUACAAAAAAGAAAAAAGUUAAAGCUUCAUCUAUGUCACAAUUGCAUUUUGAACUAAAGAUACCGAAAUUGUUUUGCUGGUUUGCUACCCACAUACAAAGGCACCCAUGUUGCAAAGAAAAUUAAUUACCUUUAUUUAUAGAAAGAAGCAUAUAAAUUAAAUUUAUUCAUUACUCAAGUUGACCUAAAAAUGUUUUAACAUUUAAAUAUAUAUCUAUAUCUAUAUGUAUUGCCAUAUUAUUAUAUUCUGAUAUCUAGAGUAGUGCUGUGCCCCUAAUACACAAAAUGUGAGAGCAUGCAAGGAAGCCAGAGUUCAUCGGGGGAUUUAUGGUAUAUUAGUAUUGAUUUUAAAAUGGGAAACUAUUAUUUUUAUUGAAGUUAAGCUUCCUUGAAAGCGUCUGUCACCACUGUUUACAUAAUAGGAAGAGUUAAAUCCUUGGAUUGUUCUAACAGAGAAAUAAACAACCUGUCUUUUGAUGUGUGAACAGGCUUUAAAAUGUUAUUUACAGGUAUCAUAAAAUGUGUAUGUAUACACAUAUUGUAGCAUAGAUCAAUUUAGUUAUUAUUUAUUUAAUGGAAUAUGCACUAUAAAAUAUUAAGAAUUUGGCUGUAUUACAAGUACAGUGAGCAUCAAUUUAAUUUGUAUUUUAUAUGUUGCUGUAUUUGCUUUAAACCCAUGCACACACAAAAAUUUUAGCUGUAUGCACUAGUGGAUAUAUUAUUUAUGAACACAGGCACACAUAAUAGGUCGCAGAAGAAGAACAAUGCAAGACCAAUGACACAGAAUUACUUUUAGGAAGUACAAUGUGUAAUAUUUCAUCUGUUUUGAGGAGAUUUAAGUCAGAAACACAGUAGAAAGCGUCAUUCUGUGGCAGCCAAACAGCUCAGUCCCAUUAACCCUCCUCACAGCUCUGAAAGCUGGCUUUUCAGAGACCAGUCUCCGUUAAUUGCAAUCAUACAGGAUUAGACUCCACAUGAAAAGGACCAAAAAGUCAGAAGAGAUAGCCAGACAGGAGCCAAUGGGUAGUCUGGAGAAAGCUUUGUAGAACAGACUCAAUCACUGUCCGUCUCUGAACAGGCAGCAAAAUACAUUAUAUGUUUGGCUUUUUCAGUGUGAAAUUGUGAUAGAAGUUUAUUACUUCUGUACUGGCAUAGGCAGUGAGAGAUGUCUGAUCUGAAGACCUGAGGGCCGGGGCCAUGGUGCAUGAAGCAUUUUUCCUACUCCUGCAUAACACACUUUCAACAAAAGUGAACUACAGAUCAAUCUGGCACUAUUUAAAGCUAAACAAGUAUAGGAAAGUCCUGAGUAGUUCCCAGGAUCUAAACUGGUGGAUCUGUGUAACCUAAACAAUAAGUAGGCUACAGGGUUCUGGCAGUAGGAAUACACACACAUAUUCUGAGAGAGUUGAUGACUUGCUCAAUUAUGUGCAGCUUCAUUUUCUUACUUGGCUGUCUUGAUUAUUAUAUUUCUUUACUUAUUCUGCAAGAAUAUUCUAAAAACUCUUGAUUCAUUAUCAACCUUAUAGAUCUAAAAAGUGAGUAGAAAUCCUGAAAUACACUUGGUUUGCCUCUACAGAAUGCAAAUAUUGAAGCAAAAGGAAGUUUUAAACUUUUUUUCCCUAAUAAGCAGCAUCAAAAAUUUUAAAAAUAGUUAUCAUCAUGUGACCCUAUAUACAGUAGGGAUGGUCAAGCAGUGUCAUACUAUCUGCUUGAAACUGCUUUUCACUCACCCCUUACCCACUGACUAUGCAUCACUAUUCAAAUUUAUAUUCGAGAUUGUAAACCCUCAUUUUCCUCCAGGUGGCUCCUAGAUUCUUGUGUUAAAAUAUUCUCUACAAGCCUGUCUUGUUAUCAGGUGUUUUUUCUUUUCCUUUCACAGUCCCUCUAUGCAAAAUUAUCUGAUCUUACAUUAUCAAAAGACACUUUACUAAUUUCAGGAGUUGUCAAAGAUGUAUGAAACAUAUCAAAAACAACUGGAGAAGGCUUCACAUUUGCCAGCUCCUUAUGAGCAGAAAUUUUUGGUCUGUGCCAGAAAUGGUCUGUUCACCAAGGCUGACCAGGGGAUGACCUGUCCCUAGCGAUGUUCUCCCAAACCACCAGUAGCUUGAACUUCACACAGUUCAUGAAUCAUCAUGUAUUUUAAUCAUCAUGCAUUUGGGAAUUUUUGAAAAGCAUAUAUAUUCAUCAUGGUAGUUUUACCCUCUGCGAUUUUCUAUUUUAUAUAUUCUUUAUAUCUUUUAUGUAUUUGCCCAUUGAAAUACCAUUGCCCUGGCUUCUGGGAGCAGGUCAAAGUGAUACAUAUUUGUAUGUUGCUUCCUUUUAGCCCAAAGGGUAUGCAGAGAUGUCUGGUGGAGCUGAGGUGUUCAUAAUGAUGGCUGCCUCUUCUGACUCAUGCACUGCACUCCCAUGAUACCCAAACACUCUGUUUAGAAGCUUAGCUAAAGCAUGUAUGACAUUCAAGUUUUCAUGGAAUUAAAAACUUCAUUUAAUUAGGAUGUUCUUCUUUGGAGCCUUGUAGCAAGCAUGGAUCAUUUAUAGCAUCUGCACUUUUCUAUUUCUACAUUUUUGAGCUGCCAGAAAGAUAGUGGGCAAAAUGCUAAUUUGUAAUGUCUGAUACUUGGGAAUUUUUGUACUUCGGCUUUUAAAGUAAGGCAGAGAUAAUGCAGUUGUGCUAUUUGUUGAAAACAAAUUGAGUGUGAAUUCUACACUAUGCUUAUUUCAUUUCAUACACCAUGGCACUGCAACUUGGUUGAGACUGAGCAUCACAGUAUUUGAGGUCACUGACAGUGCUUCACAAUCUUAACUGGCAAACUCGUCACCUAUGCUGUACUGGCAUUUGGGACUUAGACUGCUCUUCACCACUCACACUGCACAUUCAAAGUAUAACAUAGAUUGUAUUUUUUUUCCUUGAGAAAUAUCAUUGUAGUUGCUUCCAGAUCCAUUCCUAGGUGUGCUUGAGGAUGCUUUGCUUAAUUUUAGAUAUCAAGACAGCUCAAGAGAGCCAAUCCCUGUCAGGGGUUGUUUAAUGGAGGGAGCACAGGUAACAUGGGAAAACAUUAAGAGAAAUGCUACUUAUUUCAUGGCCUAUUCCUACAUGCAUGGUGUGGUGUGCAUAUUGUACCUGUACAUCUCCAUGACUGUGUAUGUCUCAGAAGGAUGUGUGUGACCCUACUGUGCACGCACAUACAGAGAGGUGUACCACAUCUAGAGCAAUGUUUACAGAUGUAUGUGCAAACUUAGGCUAAAUUGUCAGCCAUGGUAAACAUUGCCUUUGAUGGCUCAUCAGUUGUAACUGGACAGUGAAACUGUGCUUAAGUCUUCUCUGCUUAUCUUCAAGAAAAGUUUCCACAUCUUUCUUUCCUGAGUGCAUAUUUUUUACAAUUGCAUUGUCCUUAUUUCUGGAUAUGGUGUUUUCAGUGUAUUGAGCUGGCUUUUUAGACAUUACCCAAAAUUUAGAAAUGCAUGAACAUAUUUCACUUACUGAGAUAUUACAUCAAGGCUGCACUAGGUUUACCUCCAUUACAUUACCCAGACUCAUGCUGCCUUUUUUCAAAUAAGAAAAAAAGGCCUCUCAGACUAGAUUCUAUAUAGGUUCAGGUAAGAGAAGCUUCUAUGUCCAUGUGAACAUCACUGCCAGUUUCUCAAACUUGAAAGAGAAAUCCAGUCACUGUGAAAACAGUUGGAGGCAAAUGUCACAAACACAGCAAGUCAUCGCUGCAAAUUCUUUGAGGUAAUAACAGCACUCCUUCCAUUAGAAAUUAGAGGGGGAAAAAAUUACCAUCCUCUCUCAUCCCAUCCUAUUGCUCUGCCCUUUCUUUUGCAUAAUAUAAUGCUUUUCAUUUGCCAGUCUCAUGGAUGGAAUUUUGCAGGCUUUAAAAAACCUCAUUUGCCUGGUAAGACUAAGAAAUACCCACUACAUCUAGGUCAUUCACCCCCUUCUGAGUUUUCAAACAAUAAAUCCUUAACUGUGUGAUGCUGGCUUAAGGGAGUGUCUUAUGAAAAUGAUGAUAAAACCAUUCAAUUGAAUGGUGGUGAGGAGAGGUAACUUUUUUUUCCCAAGCUAGUGAAGCUAUAAAAUUUAUGUAACUUGGCAGAAAGUGUGGAAAAAAACCCCAAGACAUUUAAAGGCUUUAUAGACGUGCACAUCCUCCUUGCAUAAGGGUGAAUAAACACAUGUAAACAGUGCCCAAAAAAGUUCAGUGUAUGAAUGACUCUGCGAGCCAAGAGCACACGUCACCAUCAGCUACACUGCUGGCAGAGCAUCCUGGCACCCCACUCAGGCCUCCAUGAAGAGAUCCUCCUUAUGGCACUCUAGGACUAAAUAAUAAGGCCUUAAUAUGUAAGCAGGGCUGGUUUGUCAGGGAGCAUAUGCAUUUUCUGGCAAUUUAAUGGGAGAUUCUUUCUUGAUCCUGGACCAAAGUUAUUUAGUGCACUUACUGGAAUGAAAGAACUUUUGAAAUGAUCUGGUAAUCGUCACUCAACCAUGCCUAACAAUCAGAGAAGCACAGGGUAGUGUUGUGCCAAGAGAAUUUAAAUUUACUUUUCAAUUCAUUCAUACAGGCAUAGUUAAUUUACUGAAAAUACUCAAAAGAAAUUUUUUACACUAUCAUGGAAAUAAAGUCUCUGGACAAGAAUCUGAUUCCUUAUGUAGUUUCAAAACAUCCAGUCUUCUUAAGCCUAUUUUUCUUCUGUAUUGAAAUCUUUGGGUAACAAAGCAACCGUAGUCACUCCUGAAAUACUACGUACUCUGGAGAAACCAAAGAGAUGAGGAAAUGGCCAAAUGGCCUUCCUUAAUUUGUGCUUAAUGUGUCCACAUUAAGAAUUAUAAUUACCAUUGUGGCACAGACUAAUUAACACCAUGGGGCAAAAGAAAUGAGCCAAUUUACUUUGAACCCUACUCAGUGCUGCACUCUGCUUAUGCAGAUCCAUCACAAGAAAUAGGCCUGUGCUGUAUUUCCUGAUGCUCAGCACUUUUCUCCACUCAUUACUUUUAUUCUUCACACAGAUCACUCCCCUCCUCUUGAAAACACCUAUCACAGAGAUUUAUUGAAUAUACCUAUUGAAUACCCUCUGCCAUCAAUAUAUAAAUAUGUCAUUUCUUUGCAUCUGCAAAGCUCUAUGAAAUCAGAUGGAGUUAAGCAGCUUUUAUCCUCCAUUGGCAUGAAUUUUUCUGAUUCUGAAAUACAUUCCAUUUUUUUGCCUCAUAUCUCUGUUAAUGAUGUUUAUUUUACAAGUGAUAUUAGGACCAAAACUUUCCACGUUUCAGGCUGUAGAAGUAUAUCUGAGUAAAUGUUUUGUACCUUUAUUCAAAAUGAAUGUGAUUUCUUGACCAUAGUGUAAUCUGAACAAAAUCCUCUGUGUGAAGGAUAGAGCAGCAUUUAUCUCCUGCUCUGCCCCUGCCCUUCACCAAAUAUGAUGGAAGGUCCUUUCAGGUCCUUUCACUUGUUUUCAAAGCAGUGCAGCUACAUUACGUAGUUGCAUAUUUCUCCUGCUGUGAGACAGGAAGGAUCAGCAUGAAAAAUGCCAAGAGACUUAAACUAAUGUGCACAAGUGCCACUUUUGCUUUUGUUUGAUUUUGGUUUUUAGUCUUUGCAAUGCAUAUUGACUGACACAGAAUUCAUUAUUCUAGUAAUAUAAAGACUAAGGAUGGACAGCUGCUCUCAAAAGCAAGCUGCAUAGGGAUGGAUCAUUGAAGUCCAUGCACUAGGUUUGUACAGUAAUUGUACACAAGAGCUCUUAGUUAAAGCUGUAAAAAGCCUGAAUUGCAAUUUGUUGCUUUUCAAAAGAAGUAAGAAAAUUAUAAAUAUAAUGUGUAGUUUUUCUGUUGUACACUGUAGAUGUUAGAAGAUGUCAGUGAAGAUGUCAUUUUUUUUUUUAAUGAAUCAUCCCUGGGUCCCUAGAGGUGUCCCAUCACCCAGUUGCCUCUCAACCCAACUCCUCCUGCCUCAAAGCUGACCAGCAGUCAUGGGACUUUUGCCUCACUCAUGGGAAGCUGGAACUGAGCUCCUGCCCCUGCCACCCCACGGCAGGAAGGGUGUGGGCCACACCAGUCAGGCUGUUACAAGAAAGAGCCGUAAGCUUCCUGCUUCUGUUUGGAGAUAGCGGGUAUUUUUGUGAUUGAAAUAGAGAUAACAUUGCAGGAAUCUGAUGAACAUAUUUUAUGUGUUUCCUGAUAUGUUCCUAUUACUUGAAAGCUUUCUGUUCUGCUGGUUAUGGAGCAAAACAAGUCCCAGAGACAAUAUCUGAAUACAUAUUUUAAGGCUUGAAAAUGUAAAAUAAAUUGACUUUUGCCUGUUGCUUUCUGAUUUUGAAAUAUAUGAAGAAAUUUCAUGCAGUAAUUAAGCAUCUCAGAAAUAGAUCUCCUGAAAAAAAAUUUGAAUUUUAUGCCUUAUAAAACUGAUUUUCUUCAUCAAAACCAGUGGAGUUGAAUGUACUGUAAACUCAUAAAAUGACAGGAAACAGUAGGAGAGAGCCCCUCAACUUCUGCUGUGUAAAAGACAGUGCUUGAGCAUUCGCUCAAAAUCUGGUGUCUAUUGAUCUAGUCAUAGCUACCCAUUCAGGUACUAGACAGAAUAUUAGCAUUUUUUAAAUGAUUGGCCAAGUUGAUCUUUUUUUGCUAACACCUACCUUGCUGUGCAGCAUUUUUUCUGCCAUCUAAUUAAAUUCUAUGUCUUGGUAAACACUCAGAAAGAAUAAUUGGCCCUAGCUCAUAUUGACAGCAGUUUGCAAAACACUAGCCCAGUAAUUGGAGGAGUAGAGGCAGAUAAUGAUGACGAGCAAUCAUUUUCCUUGGCUUUGGUGUUUUAGAGGAAGCUUCACUUUUGCAGCUGAUAAAAAUGAGAGUAAGAGAUGUACUGAGAGAUUCAAAUGCUUCAUUCUCCCCUCUGGCAUGACUGCCACCACUGCAGUCCUGAGGGCAGGAGGUGGAUGGCUGUGUGUUGGUAGAAAAAUCAAUACAUUGCUCCAGGUCAAGUGUCCCAUGAGAGCUCACAUUUCUCCUUUUACCGCAUGGGUCUCAGCCCAAAAUGGGCUGUCAAAACUUGGCUCCCACUGAACUAUCACGGUGGAACAUUGUGCUCUUAAGAGAUUUUCUCCUGCCAAGAUGCUUUAACACCUUUUUUUUUUCCUUUUUUUUUUUUUUUUUUUAACUCUCCACAGAAAACUAAUCAGGUGGCACCUUCCCGUGUGGAAAUUUCCUUGCAAAUACAUUACUCUAAUCUACAAAUUAUUUUUACCCUGUAUGCCCCUGAUAACAAUUGCUUUAAUAUAAGUAGAUAAACUCAUUUCUUUAGUUGCUGCUCAUAGAGUGGCUUGCUAGUUAAGAUAAAAACAAAUUAUGGGAUAUAAAAGACAUAUCUGAUUGUACAGUAAUACACUGUGUGCCAAGCAGUCGGUGAGGUAAGGUUUACAUAACUGCUAGAUGUUGCUUGAACUUUUGAGAUAUAUUUCCAUGUUAUUUUUUCCUCUCAAGAGCCAAAACAGGGGCAGAACACAGAACACUCAAUUAAGAAAAAUGUGAUUGUUUUGAUUGAAGUAAUUUGAGAUUACAAGUUGCAAGAGGGGUAAACAAUCUAGAAAGUGUUUUGAAGUCUUCAUCAUGUAGAUGCUUUCCUUUGGGGAAACUGUCUUUCCAUUCAGUGUGGGAGGACUCCCCUUAGUUGUGGAUUUGUAGAAGGAAAUUUUGUCUCUAGUCAUAUGCUACAAUAUUCUUUGACUGCUAUUAAUUCACUUAAUGACCCAGUCUGUUGCUCAGUGAAAUUGCUCUGUGCUCUCCUAGCGAUGGUGAAAAACAGCCUUUUCUGGGGGCUGAUCCAAGCCCAGCUCCAGCUGGCUUUUCCAGAGGGAAAGGCUCCCUCUGUGCUUCAGAAAUAAACAUUUUUCCCCAGAAAAGUGGGAGGCAGCCAGGCCCCUGCACCAUAGUGUGGGGCUGGACUGUGGCCUCCCACUAGCAUAACAUAUCACCAGUUUUGUGCUCUCACCUUGCACUCUCUGGGCAGGAGCCUGCAAAGAAAAAAGAAAUUCUCUUGGAAAACAUAGAGCAAACCACCCCCCAGCCAUUUUCAUACCUAUAUAUAUAUAUAUGUAUGUAUGUGUAUAUAUAUAUAUAUAUAUAUAUAUAUAUAUACACAUAAAUACAGUUCCCUUCCUCCUUCCUGCUGCCCAAUGACAGCAUAUUCACACAACAAAAACAGUGGCUUGUAAAACAAUUUCCAGCUGAAUUGUAGACUGCAGUGGUCUUUAUUACCAAUAACAUUAGAGAAAAAUGGAAAUGAGGAAUUGCACAGCUCUGGCCUGUUUAUGACUCUUUCCUUUCUCAUUUAAAUGAUGUACACAGAACAUUUAUUUGUUUGGAGGAAAGAUUGUGGAUUACUGGUGCAGCAUUCUGAUAGAUACUUUAACAUAUUCAGAGAAGAGAAAAUUCAGUCUCACAAAUAGACAUCUUGGAUUUCUUUUUUAUUUCUUACCAAAUUAAUUGCAGGCAGUUUAAGACCUACGUCUGCACAAGUGUCUUCCUGUAUAUUUGACAAUUGAGCAAUUUUCUCACAUGUGCCAGUUUGUUCAAAUUUCUUUCUUUAUCUGUCUUCUUACGAAUGGUUUCUGAAUAUACAAGCCUUUGCCUUUUUGCUGGUGCACAGAUUCUGUUUGCACCAGCCUUAGUUUAAGUUACCAGGAGUGAUCCAGCCACAGUAUGAAUUUCCUCCACCUUACCUUAUUUUACAGAUUGAAUUAGACCCUUGGAAUUCUCAAUUAUCACAUCUUCAACAGCCAAGAAGUUUUGGUAAAUGCUUUUAAUCUUCAUAAUAUUUAAUGAAGUAAUCAUGUGCACACAAUUGAGGUAUUAAAAAUGCCAAUCCAUAAUGCAUCCCAUUACUUCAAAGUACCAUAUCAAAUAUAUUUUUCUAUUAGUUAUGGAAGCAAAUAUGCCAGUGCAUAGCCAGGACUAGCUAUGUAGUCUAUAAUGACAUCUAACACUAAACAGAUAUUCUUCAAAUACUUCAUUAAAUAAUUUUACCUAAUUCAUCUUGGCCAAAUAGACUUAGUUUAGUUCAAUCCUGCUGUUAAGCUCUCUUCAAAAUUCUCAUUACCAUCAAUGGAAAUUCUAGAAAGAGCAGAUAAAUCAGUCUCAUUAUAGGACAGAUAAAUAACACUUUGGGUUUAUAUUUCUAGCUAAUAUAUGUAAUCAAAUUAUUUAAAAUAUAAACACUCAAAGCCUGUUCUGUGCCCUCAGGGAACCCCUUUAUCCCACUGCAGCAAAGCUGCAUAUAGCAGGAUAUAUUCCACUAAUACAGUCAAAAAUAUAUGGGUGUAUAAGAAUAAACAGCUUAAAAUAUCAUACUGUAAAUGAUGUGAUUGAGUGAAACUGUAUGUAUAUUUUUAAGUCUUCAGAAUAGUUGAAGUUUUAACUUAUUUCAAAUUUUUAAGUUGAAAUCUAUUCAUAUUUGGAAAUUUUGUACAACCUUGUAAAGUUAAAUACUAUGUCACUGUAAUUUAUUUUUGUUGUCAUAUAUUGACACAUGCUCAUUUAUAUAUGAAGUGUACUGUUUAUCAAUUGCUUCUAAGGCAGCAAUAAAAACAUGAAAGUUGUUCUCA